AGCCACCGGAAAAUCACACCAAAAAUCAAACAAAUAAAAUAGUCAGAUUCUUUCAUUUCUUUCGAGGCUCCACCUCUCUCUCUCUCUCUCGUGCUCGAUCGCCUCCUCCUCCCAUGGCCUCGGCGAACGACGGCGACCGCGCGGCGGCGGGCAUCCUGCGGCUGCUGCUGGGGAUGGCAGCGGGGGCGCCGGUCCCCUCGGCAAUGCAGCGCGGCGGCGGCGGCGGGCCCGGGGUGCUGGUGGUGCAGCACUUCAUCCUGGACGGCGACGGGGACCUGUUCUCGGGCGGGGUCGGCGGCGGCGUGCCGCCGGCGUCGAAGGCCGCGAUCGCCGCGCUGAAGGAGGUGAAGGCCGGGGAGGUCGAGGGCGGGGGCCCGCUGGGCGACUGCGCGAUCUGCCUGGACGGCGUGGAGGACGCCGGGAAGGAGAUGCCGUGCGGGCACCGCUUCCACGGGGAGUGCCUGGAGCGCUGGCUGGGCGUGCACGGCAACUGCCCCACCUGCCGCCACGAGCUGCCGCCGGCGAAGGAGGUGGACAACGCGGCGGCGGAGGGCGGCGAGGAGAGGCGCAGGCCGAGGACCGCGGUCCUGGUGAGCUACCUGGUGGUCGGAGGCCAGCGGGAGGAGGCGCAGCAGCAGCAGGAGCCGGAGAGAGAGGAGCCGUGGACCAUUAGGAUAGAGGACGUGGAUUAGGAUUAGGAUUAGGAUUAGGCCUCUAGUCUCUUCCAAUUGGUUUACGGAUUGGUUUUGAGGUGGAGGUGGUUUUGUACAUACUGGUAGAUCUGAGUGGUGUGGCCAUGGGGAGAUAUGGGAAAUUGUGAAUAGUUCGUUAUUCCUGAGACGAUGUACCACGGGGGUUCAAUUUCCUGGAUCAAUGUUACUCGUUUUCGGAAAGAUAAGCAGCUGUUGUGCAAAAUUCAUGCGA